AUGUCGGAAACAGAUCUCUCCUCCUCUUCUACAUCUCCCUCUGCUGCUGCUGGUCAGACUUCUGCGCCCAAGGUAGUCUUGGGGACUACAAUAAAAUUGAAUGGUACAAACUAUCUACUCUGGGCUCAGGCUUUCCGCAUCUUCAUUGGCGCUCAGAGCAAACUUCCACAUCUUCUGGCCUCUCCUCCACCCACCACAGAUCCCACCUACAGUUCCUGGCUCUCGUCUGAUUAUUGUGUUAUGACGUGGCUCCUCAACAGCACGGAACCACAGAUUAGUAGCAGUGUUAUGUUCUUAACCACUGCGAAGGAGAUGUGGGACAGCCUGAAGAUUAUGUACGGAAAUGAGAAGAAUGCUUCCCGUGUAUUUGAGAUUUAUGAGCGACUGUUUACGCUCAAACAGGGAGAUAGAUCAGUUCCGGAGUUCUUUGGUGAGUUAAAGGGACUGAUAGACGAACUGGAGAUGCAUCAGCCUGCAGUAGCUGAUGCAGCGACGCUGUUGGGAUAUCGCCGUGACUUGGCAGUGUCCAAGUUUCUUUCUGGAUUGCACCCUAACUUGCAGUCCCAGGUGAGAGGACAGAUAUUGGGUGGAGAUACCAUCCCCUCACUGACUGCUACAUUCUCCAGAGUCAUGCAGGUCUCUACUGGUGUUUCUUCUGAUACUUCUGCACCGUCUCCACCUUCAGUGGAUCAGUCUGCCAUGUUCUCUAGUAGAGACAGAGGCCGCGAUCGUGGUCGUGGUCGUGAUUCUUUGGGAGGACGUGACUCUUUUAGUGGGAGACAGGGUGAUUCUGAUAGGGGUUCACGUCAGUGUGGUCAUUGUGGGAGGACCAAUCAUAUUUCUGAGAAAUGCUGGGAAAAGUUUGGUCGUCCUCAAUGGGCCCAAGUAGCCGAUGCCGAGUCGACUCGCUCACCUAUUUCUACUAUUAUUUCUAGUAAUCCAGCUACUACUGUUCCUACUGUUCAGAUUUCUCAGGCAGAUUAUGAGAGGUUACGCCAGCUAGAGAUCUCUCAGAACAGUCAUUCGGCUACUCAUGCAUCCUCUUCAGGUAUGGAUGCUUACAUAGCUUCUCCUCAUGAACCAUGGGUACUAGAUUCUGGAGCCUCAUCCCAUAUGACAGGUAUAAAGGAUCGUUUUGUCUCUUUACAUCUUUCUGAUAAGUUUCCCUCUAUUCGCAUCGCUGAUGGUACACUUUCUCCAGUUCUUGGUGCUGGAGUAGUUCAUGCUACUUCCUCUUUGAAACUCACUGAUGUGUUAUAUGCUCCUAAAUUCCCUGUUAGCUUAUUAUCCAUUAGCAAGUUUACAAAGCACAAUAACUGUAAAGUCACCUUCUUUCCUUUUUAUUGUGUUUUUCAGGACCUAACAACUGGGAUGACGAUUGGUUCGGGGGCAUGA